AUGGUGAACGAAACGUGGACGACGGCUACGAUGCCCGUUCAACACCCGCCGGAACCUAUCUUCUCAGACUACGUCGAGAUGAUCUCCCUAGUGGUCAUGUUCGUCGUCGGAGCGCCAUUGAAUCUCGCGGCCUACACACAGGUGAUUUUUGUGGCCAAUGAAAGAUGGGGUAUGCUUGGGAAUUUUAGAGUGGUCCUUAUAGGGGCUAGGAGGAAAACAGCCAUUAUAAGGGCCGGAAAAGUGGUCUCUCUAGGGUUAAAACCAAGGCGAUCCUUAUAGGGGUUAAGGAUCGAACCCCUUAGCCCCUAAAGGUUAAGUGGUCCCUAUAGGUGGUUUCCAAUUUUAUUCGAAAAAGGUUAUUUCUUUAGUUUUGCGCUUCUUCUGCGCUAGAUUUCAUUGAAAUGUCCCUUAUAGGACCACUACCAAAAACCCACUAUAGAGACCUUUUUUGCAAGCUUUAUUGGCCCCUAUAGAGGCUGGUAAACUUCUCUCUAGAUAUGACUCUCCAAGGGCCUUAUAGGGACUAGAGUUUCUGGAGUUUCCAAGUGCCUUAAAUUUACGCUUCAAACAUUUUUUAACCAAUUUCUCUCCUUUCAAUCGAGUUCUACCAGAAACUUGAUAGUCUAGUGUUAUUUUGACAUUACUUUGACCUUAAAAAGCGGAAUUUCAAUUUUCAAAAAAUUUCUUCUCUCUCUCGAGAAAUGUCGUUUAAUUUUCUAUGGCAGGCUUUUUUUGGUUUUCUCAUCUCCUUCUGAAUACGAAACGACUGAUUAAGUCUUCCUGUCGUUUUCGUUCUCUUCAUUUAUUACUCAAAGAACGAAAAUUGAUGAUUCUAUAGGACAUCAUGGAGCGAAAUGAUGUUUUAAUAAGACGUUAAAGAAGUGGAGGCUAUUUUGAAGGGCUCAACUCUAGUGACCACUAAAGAGGUUCCUGAAGGCUGAAGUGGCCAACCACCUCUAUAGAAGCCGCUAACUUGUGUCUUAGUGGCCGCUAUAGUAGUUUUUAGUGGACCAGUAGCAGUAGUACCACUUAGACCUCUAUAGUGGCCACUAAUUUUUAAGCCCUUAGUGGCCACUAAUUUGACUACUAUAGUGACCUCUGAAACGUCCAAGCCAUAAAGUGGCCACUAAAUUUCCCCCAGUAAACACUCAAGUCUAGGGCAACUGAAGCUUUGAAAGGUCAAAUACUCACAAGUUUUUUAUUCAUAACUUAAAAAGUGUCAGAAAAAUUUCCGGGUAGAAUGACUUUCGUCACAUUUUUCCGGUAGGGCUUCAGAAUACUCUGAGAUUUUCGUCCCGGCUCCCCGAAGAAAAAAGGUGUAAUCUCUUUAAUUCAGCUAGCAGAACGACCCCUCUCAACUCGAUUGGAACUCCUGAAGCGUUCGUUGAACUACUCGGACCUGCUGGUUCUGUUCGUCUACGUUCCUUCGCGGGCUUGCUGGCUCCUGACCUACGAUUGGCGCGGCGGCGACUUUCUCUGCAAAAUCGUCAAGAUGCUCCACACUUUUGCUUUCCAGGUUGGCACCAACAAUAGAUGAAAAGCUUGAAAAAAGGUUAAAAAUAAUAAUGCCGAUUUUUAGACUUUAAAAGGUCUCACAGUUAAAUUCAAACAUUGAAAAAGUCUGCAAAAGAGAUAAGAAUUUUAAACAGGCGAAAUAAAUUUUCAUUUUCUAAAAAUGAAUUUUGAAUUUUUAACGAUAGCCUCACUGACGCUCAUUUCAAAACUCCUUUUUCGAAUUUUUCGGUUUCUGAUUCCCUGGCCUGACAAUAAAGAGCUCACAAUCCUCCUGGGUUUAAAAACAUUCAUCAAGCGGAGUGACUGAGCGAUUGCAAUUUUUAAAAAAGGAACAGAGUUGGGUUUAUCAGAGCGAAAAUCGUGUAUGUUGGACUUUUUAAGGGGUUAGAGAUUCAAAAAAGGCUGCGAAAUUCUGUAACUUGAAAAAUUAUUUCAAACCACCUGAAACUUGGACGUGAAUUAGUCAUUUUCUAGUCUUGGGCGAAUCUGAUGCUAGACCGACAGAACAAAGGUUUUUUGUAAGUAGAGAACCUUUUUAGGUGGGAAAAAAACCUAACCGGUUAUCAGUGAAAUUUCUUUAAAAAGAUUUAAAAUUAGAAAAAGGAAGGUCUCAAAAAAGUUUAUCGACCUUUCUCAACCUCUUAAAAGUUAAAUGUUUGCCUCCGCGGACGCCUUCUGUCGGAUGCACUCCGAAAUUUUGAACUUUUGAGUUUUUUUUUCGCGCGCCCGAUUUGGAUUCUAGCGUAUGCCUAAUCAGAACUUCUGUGCUUGAAACGGGGCGAAUAACUUAUUUUUGAAAGCUAGAAGAAUUUCAGUCGUCAUCGAACGUGAUCGUGUGUAUAGCACUGGACCGUCUAAUGUCGGUUUUGUCAUCAUCGCAUCAUUCUCCGGCAAAAGCCCAACGUCGGACGAAAGCUAUGUUGCUCAUAGGUAAAUUGAAAUGUAGAUAAAAGUAAAUCAUGUAACUCUGCCUAGAAAACUUGCUUUGAAAAUUGAAAUCCUAUCAAAAGCCGAAAAUGAACUCGAUUUUGGAAAGAAACUGUUAGACAAGGAGAAAAUAGAUUUUUGUCAUUUUCUCAGAAAACCAUCCGAAUUUACAAGGGCUUUAUAAAAAGUACAUUACUUCUCUCUAUCCUUCACAAGUUUCCCAUUUUAGCUUGGGCGAUUGCGUUGAUCAUCAGCCUCCCGCAAUUAUACGUCUGGCAGAGUUACCUCGCUCUACCGGACUUCAACUGGAGCCAGUGUCUUCAGGUUGACGCAGUGUUCUUUUUGAUGAAGUUGAAUCUCGAGGUUCAGAUCUGGGAAAUAGCGCGUUUACAAAACGUAUCAAUCGGACCGGAAACGUUCGACGCCGAGUCUUGGUACAGCAUCCUUCACAUUUGCUGCGUUUUCUGGAUCCCCGCCAUGAUUGUUCUUGUUCGUUUUUCCUUUGGUUUUACUGUAACAUAAUAAUUUUCCUUAUCACCUAUGAUAACUAAUUUUUUCGAUUUUCGCCAUUUUAAUCAUAAGCCAGACGGCUAGGUCACGGCGUUCCCAAACGGGGUGGGGAGACGUCAAACACAAUUUGGCGCGAAAUUUGAAAUCUCAAGUACGCAGCCAAAGGCGAUCGAGCAAACAAGUUAUCAACGUUUAAUACUCAGUGUAAUUAUGACGUCAUUUUAUCCGGAACGCGCACUUACUUUUUUUUUUGUAAAUUAAGAAAGUUUGACGCCUCGCUCACCUUCCCUCACCCCAUUAGGAAUGCCGUGAAUAUAGUUUAAGGUCUCUAGACAAUUCCAAAUUUUUGGCCUUAUUUAGUAGGAAACCGUAAGGAGUGCUAGAUCAAAAAGUAAAUAGCCGCGACUCAGAUCAGCUACGUCGUAGUUCUAUCAUGGGUUUGGAUGAACUCGCGGCCUUCGAUCAGCAACAGCAUGUCGGCGCACACCUUCUCCAUCCACACAGGCUGCGAAACGGUCGACACCGUCCUGACGCGAGCUUCUGAAUGGAAUCCCUUGAAGAACUUCUCGCGGAGCCUACAGGUCAAGGACGAGAAGAAAAUGCGUCAGUUGCCUCUUCGAUGAAGCUCCCCACGAUUGCGCCUUACAGAGAACCCGAGAAUCGUCGUUUCGGACGAGUCAUCGGCCCCACUCACCCAGCGACCGUCGAUUUCACCGUCAGAAGCGUCGGCGGUCAUGAGAACCGGCGUCCACAACAGCGCCUCCUACAAUGCUAGUGUUACUCGGUCAGUGGGAACUUGAAGCGAGCUUAGGAACUCCGAAGUGGUCCCUAUAGGGGUGACCUUAGGGGCCCCUAAAGGAACCUCUCUAGAGACCACUAAAUCUUGCAAAGUGGUCCCUAUAGGGGGAUACUAGUCUACUGUUAUGUUAGAAGAAGCCAAAAGGUCAGACCAGAACCCCAUAAGUUUUACUUCUAAAGGUGCACUCUUUAUCUCUGAACCCUAUAAGGACCACUCUGGAGUUCCUAAGAUUCAGAAUAUUUGAGAGAAACUUUUCAAAUCUCAAGAAAGAAUACUUCUAAGUGUCUUCAGAAGCCGAGCACUCCGAGUCUCGUUCCUUCUGGUGGCAGCCUACAUCGUCUGUUGGCUGCCCUACAAUUUGUUGAGCUUGAUUCACUUGCUCGACUCCGGCCUGUUCAACGCCAACCUCAAGAAGGUUUCUCAUGAAUCAACUUAAGGGAUUCUCAACACUUGUUUCAGUUCUACUUCCUACACGAAUUCAUCAUCUUCAACUCGGUCGUCAACCCAUAUUUGUAUGGUCUCUUCGCCAAGAACGACAAGGCACGGUUUCCACGUGUGAAAUAA